UCGUUGUGUAGGUAUUAGAAGUUACUCUUUGCUGAGGAAGCAGUUUUCAGACCUCUUUGAUUUGCUCUCUCUGCUUCUGUCAUCAUAAUCUUCUCCAUGGGUUUACGUGCCUUUCUACCUUGGUGAAGACUGACUCCCUUUUGUUCUCUUGCAAACUGAGGUGGUGGUGGGGGAAGCCGCCAAAGAUGUUGGCAACCCGGACCAGCGUUACAAUUUUUUCUGGAAUUUGUGCUAUGCUGCUGAUGCUGGCAUUGGUGUACUACACUUAUUGGUCUGUUGUUCUAAGUGAGGGUCCGUGCAAACGCUUCUGAUAUCUAUCAUGGGUUUAUUUGCGUACCUGAAGACUCAGUUUAUUCUGCACCUGCUUAUCAGCUUUGUGUUCAUAGUGAGUGGACUAAUUAUAAACUUCAUUCAGCUAUGCACACUGCUUCUCUGGCCAAUAAACAAACAGCUGUACCGCAGGAUCAACUGCCGCCUUUCCUACUCAUUGUGGAGCCAGCUUGUGAUGUUACUAGAGUGGUGGGCGGGUACGGAAUGCACUCUGUUUACAGACAAGGCCACUGUGGACAAGUUAGGGAAAGAACAUGUCAUCGUCAUCCUUAAUCACAAUUAUGAAAUAGAUUUCCUCUGUGGAUGGACCAUUUGUGAGCGGUUUGGAGUUUUGGGGAGUUCAAAAGUCCUUGCAAAGCAUGAGUUGUUGAAAGUGCCACUAAUUGGGUGGACCUGGUACUUCUUGGAAAUAGUUUUCUGUAAAAGGAGAUGGGAAGAAGACAAAGACACUGUCAUCCAGGGACUCAAAAACCUCUCAGACUAUCCUGAGUGCAUGUGGUUCCUCUUGUAUUGUGAAGGGACACGCUUUACAGAGAAAAAACACCAGAUCAGUAUGCAGGUCGCUGAAUCAAAGGGCCUUCCCAAGCUGAAGUAUCACUUACUGCCCAGAACAAAAGGAUUCACUACAACCAUGCAGUGUCUUAAAGGAACAGUUUCAGCUGUUUAUGAUGUAACCCUGAAUUUCAAAGACAAGAGGAAUCCCACCCUACUAGGCAUUCUACAUGGAAAGAAGUACGAGGCAGACAUGUCUGUCCGGAGGUUUCCAGUAGAAGACAUUCCCGAAGAUGAGAAAGAAUGUGCAAACUGGCUUCACAAACUCUAUCAGGAGAAGGAUGCUUUGCAGGAGCAUUAUGAGAAGGAUGGCACUUUCCCUGGCCCACAAUUCAAACCCCCAAGAAGACCAUGGACUCUACUAAAUUUUUUCUUCUGGGCCACAGUUUUGCUUUCCCCACUUAUCCGCUUUGUUUUUGGUGUAUUUGUAAGCGGCUCCCCCCUCCUUAUCAUCGGGUUUCUGCUCUUUAUUGGAAUAGCAUGCUUUGCUGUCAGGCGGCUAAUAGGAGUGACUGAAAUUGGAAAGGGCUCCAGUUACGGGAACCAGGAAUUCAAGAAAAAGAAUUAAGUUUUCUGCCUCUAGUUAAAACAAAAUUUUCAAUGACCUUCACUAGAGGGGGCAAAAA